CACUCUCACGCGCCUCCAGUGCUCCACAGACCUUCAUUACUCCAGUCUGUCGAUGUGAGACGCGGGUGACAAAGUUGAAAUCGCAGGUGCACGAAUCGAACCGUCCAUUUGCAGACGUUACAACGAAAAAGAGGAAUUAUAUCGCGAGUUUUUCUGUGAUGGUUUUAUGAGGUUGUGUGUGAGAUCUCUGGGAACAAUCGUGAGCAGAAUGCAUAGACACGCAACUAGAGAGACCUUCCUCGUCCUCUUUCUCAUCAUCAGCCUGAUGUGGCCCAUACAUUCAGAGAUCUCCAACUGCGUCAUCAAACGUGAGGAGGAGAGAUGCUUGGAGCGAAUUGCCCUGCACGACCCUAAAGAUGACGAAGAGUUUGAGUGUCCGUGGGAGUGGGACAAUCUGACCUGCUGGCAGGCAGCCAGUGUCGGCAAGGUCGUGGAGGUCAACUGUCCCGAGCUCUUCGAGUUCAUGAGUCCAGAGGAAGGGCUCGGCAAGAUCAGCAGAAACUGUACGGAGUUCGGUUGGUCUGAACCGUAUCCGCACUAUGUUGAUGCCUGUAUGAUUGGUGACAACACAACCAAACCUGACAUGUACUAUGCAUCUGUGAAAGCUCUCUAUACGGUGGGCUACAGCACGUCUCUGGUGUCUCUGACCACAGCUAUGGUCAUUCUGUGCCGCUUCCGGAAGCUUCACUGCACCAGGAACUUCAUCCACAUGAACCUGUUUGUGUCCUUCAUGCUGAGAGCCAUCUCUGUGUUCAUUAAAGACGGGGUCCUGUAUGCUGAGGAGGACAGCGACCACUGCUUCGUUCAUACUGUGGGGUGUAAGGCGGUGAUGGUCUUCUUCCAUUACUGUGUGAUGUCAAACUACUUCUGGCUCUUCAUCGAAGGUCUCUAUCUCUUCACGCUUCUGGUGGAAACCUUCUUUCCUGAGAGACGCUACUUCUACUGGUACACCAUCAUCGGCUGGGGAACUCCCACCAUUUGUGUGACCAUAUGGGCCGUUCUGCGCCUUCAUUUUGAUGACUCUGGUUGCUGGGACAUGAAUGAUAAUACUGCCCUCUGGUGGGUAAUCAAGGGACCUGUUGUGGCAUCAAUCAUGAUUAAUUUUGUCCUCUUCAUUGGAAUCAUCAUAAUCUUGGUGCAGAAGCUGCAGUCUCCAGACAUUGGCGGGAACGAGUCCAGCAUCUACCUCAGCUGUGCACAGAAAUGCUUCCGUGAGCCCACACAGGCUGCCCAGCAUUCGUGCAGGAUGUCAGAGCUUUCUACCAUCACGCUGCGUCUGGCGCGCUCCACCCUGCUCCUCAUCCCUCUGUUUGGAAUCCACUACACUGUUUUUGCCUUCUCCCCGGAGGAUUUCAGCAAGCGGGAGCGACUGGUCUUUGAGCUGGGCCUGGGCUCCUUCCAGGGGUUUGUGGUUGCCGUGUUGUACUGCUUUCUGAAUGGAGAGGUGCAGUCGGAGAUAAAGAGGAAAUGGAGGAGUUGGACGGUGAACAGGUACUUUGCUGUGGACCUGAAGCAGCAGCGUCACCCUUCGCUAGCGAGCAGUGGGGUGAACGGGGGGACGCAGCUGUCCAUCCUCAGCAAGAGCAGCUCACAGAUACGCAUGUCCAGCCCUCUGGCCGAGACGGUCAACCUCAACCUGCCCAAUCGAGGGAACGAAAUAACAACUGUAUCGUGCAUUCAGCUGCUCUGUAAAGCUGCCUGCUGUUUCUUCUGCUUUGAUGUAGAGAUGAUGUCCAUGUUUGACCUGUGA